AUGGCUGCAGGGCUUGGUGCAUGGGCAGUGGUUGUGCUGGCGACAACGUUAGCGACGGUGGCGUACGGGCAGAACUGCAAGCCUGUGGAUAGCCAAGCGCUGAAAUACUUUCAGCUGGAGAUCGUGUUCGGAGGGGAGGAGUUCAAAACCUGGCAGGACGGAACCAACUGCUGCACCUGGGACGGCGUCACCUGCAAUGGCAAUGGCAACGUGGAGUCGCUGAACAUCGUCGCCAAGGACGUGCCUGCAGCCAGGCCUCAGGGCGACCCCUACCUGGUGGGCACUGCCCUCGGUGACCUCGUGGGGCUCAAGAACCUGACCAUGCUCAACGUGGCCUACAAUGGCCAGAUCCCCCCUGCCUGGGGCGGCCUCGCCAACCUCGAGGUGCUCAACCUCGACGGGUGCAAUGUCGUCGGGUCCAUCCCUGAGGAGCUUUGCAGGCUCGGCAACCUCCACACUCUCAUCCUCAAGGGCAACUUCAUCUCCGGCUCUGCUCCCGAGUGCUUGUCGUCCCUGUCUCUCUCGUCGCUCGACCUCAGUGGCAACCAGUUGUCUGGCUCGGUGCCCUCGAUUCCAUGA